AAUCUGGUUAGGUAUUCAUCUUCUUCUUCAUCGAGCUCUGAUUCUUCUAGCAGUUCUUCAGAUUCUGAAGAUGAGGAUAAAAAACAAACAAAACGAAGGAAGAAAAAGAAGAGCCUUUGCUAUAAGUCUCCUGAGACCUCGGGGUCGGAUUCAGAUUCAAACAGCAAGGAUGAUUUAAAAAAGAAAAAGAAGUCCAAGGAUGUAACUGAAAGAGAAAAGGACACUAAAGGACUCAGCAAAAAGAGAAAGAUGUACGAACAUAAACCAUUAUCAUCUGAGUCGCUGUCAGAGUCAGACUGUGGAGAGGUGCAAGCAAAGAGGAGGAAAAGCGGUGAAGAGCGUGAGAGAACAACAGACAAAGCCAAAAAGGGAAGGAAGCAUAAGAAGCACAGCAAGAAGAAGAAAAAGAAGGCUGCCAGCUCCAGCUCAGACUCGCCAUAGCGUCCAUGAAGACCAGGACCCUUACCCAGUGCAGUGUCAAAGGAGCUCAACUGUGAAGAUUGUGUCA